AUGGCGUAUCAAGCCCCGACAUGGGCAGCGUCUCCUGUGCAGCGUAAUCGUCACGCCAAGCUCGAGGUCAGCAAGGGAAGCGAAAGCUUCGAGCACAUUCCUGUCGGCUCCCAGUCGUGCUACGUCUUGGGUCGCAGUCAAGAGCUUUGUGACAUUUUUCUACCCCAUCCGUCCGUCUCUCGUCGACACGCGGUCGUGGUGCAUGACGAGCACGAGCGCGUUUGUCUCAUGGACUUGGACUCUGCCCAAGGCACUUUCGUGAACGGCCAAGAGAUGACGCCACGGAAACCGCGACCAUUGAGAGAUGGUGACUCUAUUACUUUUGGGGCCAGUACCAAGACUUUCGUCUUCCAGAAUGCAGUGGAUGAAGACAAAAAGAAGACAAAGGACGAACGCGGGCUUGCAGCAGCAGCAGCAGCUUGUGAGAAAUCUGAGCUCCAGCAGAUGAUGCGUGAGAUGCAAGGCUUUGGCGGUCCAAAACGACACAAGAGGCAAGAAGGUCGAGGGCCAAUGGUGGCAAGUGAGGCCAAAGCUGAGGAACGGCAGAAGAGACAAGCUGAAAUCGCAGCAAUGACUGCGCAAAUGAUGGAAAAGCCUGCACAAGUUUCCGUGGACGUUGAUGAUGCAGACGAGGAACGAGCGCAAGACAAUGGUGGCGAAGGAAGCGGUUCAGCAGAAGACGAAAGUGAGGAUGAUGAUGAAAAUGGUGAUGACAUUGCCCUUCGAUAUGGCUUGCCCAAGUCUCAUGAAGUAGUCCUUGCGAGCCAUACAAAAGGACUUGCUUGCAUUGCUGUGGAUCCGCCUGGCGGUCGAGUGGCUACGGGGUCCACUGAUUACCGCGUCAAGUUGUGGGACUUUGCAGGCAUGGCACGUCACGUCCGUCCGUUCCGUGAUGUUGAGGUGCACGAAGGUCACCCGGUUGUAGCAGUGAGCUACAGUCCCUCUGGAGAUCGCUUACUAGCAGUUACUGGAUCGUCGCAGCCGAAGGUGCUUACGCGUGAGGGUGUGGAGGAACUGCAGUUUGCAAAGGGAGAUAUGUAUGUUGUUGACAUGGCCAACACCAAUGGACACACGCACACAGCAACUGGUGGCCAAUGGCAUCCGAAAGUACGCGAGCAAAUGAUAACGAGCUCCUUGGACGGCACGAUUCGACUUUGGAACCUUGAUGGGAAAAAGACGUUCAACAAGCUCAUCAAUACGUCUGUGUUCAAGUUCAAGGACCGCCGAGGUCGGCGCUGCGGAGUAACAGCCUGUCGUUUCAAUCCAGACGGUGGGCUUAUUGCAGGAGCCACUAUGGACGGUCAAGUGCAGUGUAUCGAUCCGCGCAAGGCUUACGCUGGGGCUACAAUCACUGUUCGUGACGCACAUGCAGACGGUGCGGGUGGUGUGGGUAUUUCUUCGAUUCGCUUUUCACCUGACGGCAAGUUCCUGGCAUCACGAUCCUGCUCAGACGACACUGUUAAGAUCUGGGAUUUACGUAAGACCAAGCAGAGUUUGAAGGAGUUCCACGGCAUCGACGGCGUCUUUGGGACAUGCAACCUUGCUUUUAACCACAACGGUACGGCCAUUGCUGCUGGCACGUGUAUUCGAAAGGGCAAGGGCCUGAAGGGUCAAGUGCUGUUCUUGGAUGUGCACACGCCAGGCCUUGUGGAGCCCGUUGCUCGCAUUGACAUGAAGGAAGAUGAAAGCGCAAUAUGUGUGGAGUGGCAUCACGGUAUCAAUCAGAUAUUUAUCGGAAGCUCUACAGGAGCUUGUCGUGUCCAGUACGAUCCGCGACAGAGCACCAAGGGUGUUCUCUUGAGCGCGACAAAGAAGUUGAAAGUACAAGGCAAUGACUCGGGGGCUCGUAUUGACAGUGUCGGGAAAGUGUACACGCCUCACGCGCUUCCUAUGUAUCGCGAUGAUACGUUAGGAUCUCGCAAGCGAAAAUUGGAGAAGGUGCGUGCUGACCCAAAGCAGUCUCAUGCACCUGAGAGGCCCAUUACGGGUCCAGGCAUGGGUGGUAAGAUCAGUGGCAGUACCACUUUCACGCAAUACUUCAUGAGUAGCCACAUCAAGUCUUCAUUCCGAGAAGAAGACCCGCGGCAAGCCAUUUUGAAGUACGCGAAGGAGGCAGAAACGGACCCGCAAUUCUUGGGAGCCGCUUACAGCAAGGAGAAGAUGGACCCGCGCUACCAGCUUGCGAAGCAGACUCUUGAGGAGGAGAAGCUUGCAAGAGAGGAGGAAGACCGCCGUCUAUUGCAACCGUAG